AGAUAUCCAAGCUGACGUCCACCUUGUCAAAGGCUGCGGUCCACGGUCCACCUCUUCAGUUUCGGGGUGUCUCGAUAGAAAUUUCAUCGCCAGCAGUCACUCGAUAGCCUACUUUUGGAAAAGUUAUCAACAAGUGAAUAGGACAUUUUCAUCUUCAUCGUCUUUAUCUAAACGCAAGAUACUCGUGGAUCGAAACUUAAAAUGUCCAGAGGAGAUGCCGCCCGUUGUGCUCAGCUGACCCUGCUAAUGGCCACUGUGGUGGGCUGCGUUCAGGUGCCGGACCUCUCUCUGACGCUGACCAAUGAGAGGACCACGAUCGAAAGGACGUACGAGCUGACCAAGUACUUGGAGCAUCAGCUGAAGGAUAUCAAAGACACCUAUCUGUCGUACCUGGGGCCUCCCUUCAGCGACCCGGACUUCUCUCCGCCGAGGCCCAACAGCUCGUCCCUGUCGGUGCCCAGCGCUGCCACGCGCGUGGAGCUGUGGCGCGGCCUGGAGAACGGCGCGCGGCUGGCGCAGAACCAGCGGGCGUACCGCGUGCUGCUGUGUGCCAUGCGCGAGCUGGCGCGCUCCACGCUGUGCCCGUACCUGCAGAGCUCGCUGCUGCACUUCUGCUCGGGCCUCAACGGCCUGCUGGGCUCCAUCACGGGCCUCAUGCGCAGCCUGGGCUACACGCCGCCGCAGCUCGGCGACGCCCCGCUACCGCCGCCCGGCGACGGGCAGCCGCUCCUGGCCGAGCGCGUCCGGCCGGCCCCGAGGGGCGUGGUGACCGGGCAGCACAGCCCGGCUCCGCUCAGGUCCCAGCAUCAGCACCACCCGCGUCACUACGGCGACUACAGGCCGCGCGGCCGCGACGACCAGCGCUACGGAGGUGGCGGCGCCACGGCGACGGGAGGAGGAGGCGGAGGGAUGGAGAGGUGGGGCAGGAGGAGGCGACUUUUGAGCAUCGAGGAGGUGGAGAUGGAGGAGGACAUCAUCAGUCAACACAGCAACAACUACUACUACAACAAUAACAAUAACAACAACAACAACAACAACAACAACAGCAACAAUAGCAAAUACACUCUGAACACCAGGGUCAGCCCUGAGAAAAGAGAGGGAACAGACAGAAAGGGUGAGAGGAGGGACACCACACCUCUCCUCUCCUUCUCCCCGUCUCCCUCGCUCCAGGCCCGGCGGUCGGCGCGCUCGCUGUCCUCGCUCUACGCCCCCACGCUGCCCCCGUCCCUCUCGCUCCUGCUGCAGUACGGCGCGGGGGGCGAGGGCGGGGUUCACGGCCUGCUGGCCGCGCCACUCCUCUCCGGACAGCCCGCCUCCAACGAGUUCUCGCGCAAGGUGGAGGGCUUCUGGGUGCUGCGCGAGCUGCAGAGCUGGCUGUGGCGCUCCGCCAAGGACUUCAACCGCCUCAAGAAGCGCCUCAAGGCCUGA